AAUUAUAUACCACUUCACGCAGCCCUUCCAUUUUUCUAUCCCUGCACACUCCUGCAUUUUCAUCUUCCCCCACCCUCAUCAAUCCACUUCCCUCCCUCCACCCUCAGCAAAUGGGCACUGACCUCGGACCCUUUUUCCGGGUUUACUGGAGCAGUCGGAUCUUUUACGGAGGACACAAGACAUACUUCUGCCGACCAGUUAAAUGGACAGCGAGGUGCAGCGAGAUGGCAGAAUUCUGGACCUGAUUGACGAUGCAUGGCGAGAAGACAAACUACCAUAUGAAGAUGUGGAGAUCCCAUUGAGUGAACUUCCAGAACCCGAGCAGGAUAAUGGUGGAACUACUGAAUCAAUCAAUGAACAAGACAUGAAAUGGACUGACUUAGCUUUACAAAACUUGCAUGAAAAUACCCCAUCUGCAGGAAGCUAGUUGCUGGCAGCAUUGGUACCAACAUAGCAACAGGCUUUAUUUAUGUAUUCUUUCCAAAGAGCAGGUGUCCAUAUCAUUGAAUUUAAAUUAGAGACACAGCGUAUAAAAGCAAAAAUUAUACAACUACAGUACGUAAUAGUAUUUAUGGACAAUGAAAUGCUGAGCUGAUAGAAUAAUGGAACAGUUUAUAAUCGUUGAUUUUUUUUAUUCAUUAAAAAAGGAAGUUUGUAUUCAUUAUAUAGAAGUACUGGUGGAGUAUCUCGUUUGCAAGCACUGAUAGUGUGUCAACAGAACAAUUUAAUCAAUGGCUAAUAUCUGUUACUUCUGUGUGUUGUAUAAUUCUGGCACACAAUCAUUUCAUGCUAUGUACAACUAAAUUUGUAAAUGAUUAAUGCUCUCACUGAUCUUGCAAACAUUUAAGUUUUUAAUAAUUUCCUUUAACCUUUUUUGGUGUCAUUGCCAAUUAAAUGGACUCUGAAAACUUGCA